ACGUACUUUGAGAAAGGCCGAAGUUUCAUCACUGCAAUGGUGUCAUGAUUACCAAUGAGUAUCGUAUCUGUCAGUGAUUAUAUUUAAAUUUGAAAACAUUGUAAAUUGUAAAACAGUUGUAAAGAUGUCUGGUUACACUGGCGGAGACAGUUAUAUAGGUCAACCAAUGCAAGGACAAUAUAAUUUUGAUCCCUCUGAUUUCGGUCAACCUAACCAACAAUUCGAAUUCCAGACGUAUAGUGAUCAACAAUCUGACAAUUAUUCCUCAUAUAAUCAAAAAAGCUAUCUUAGCCACAGUCAGAAUGCAUACAGCGGUGAUAUCUAUAACCAGGAUGACUUUACAAAAGGAACAAAUGGAUUUGUGGACGAAGAGGAUGAACCACCACUGUUGGAAGAACUGGGCAUAGACCCCAAACGAAUAUUACAAAGAACAUUGGCUGUAUUGAAUCCAUUUCAUAAAAGAGGAGAACUCGAUGAUGCAAACUAUUUGCUUCAGGAUUCUGAUUUGGCUGGCCCAGUCGCGUUCUGUAUACUAUUUGCUGCGUGUUUGUCACUAGCAGACUCAAAAGCUAAUUUUAGUUAUGUUUAUGGUCUGGCAGUGACGUCCUGUAUAUUCAUGUAUAUUCUUCUGUCGCUAAUGAGCCAUAGAAGUAAUAUCACAUUAUUUUCUAUCGCAUCUGUUCUGGGAUAUUGUUUAUUGCCUAUAGUAGUACUUGCUAGUUUUAAUGUUUUCACUACUUUAAAAGGCCCCAUAGGAUUAAGUCUCACACUGUUGACAGUUAUUUGGGCAACCCUUUCAUCAUCUAGAUUACUUACUACUAUAUGUGGAGAGGAAAAUCAACGUCCCUUAAUCGCUUACCCUUGUAUUCUUCUUUAUGGCGCUUUUGCUGUGACAGUAAUAUUCUAAUAAUCAAUAAAUCUAUAUAAAUUUUCAACGUGAAUACUUUCUAGCCAUUUCCUUUUCACUGUUUAAAUCAUCUAUUUUAUUGAUAUUUUCCUGUAUGCCAUCGACAUUUUAUACUGUACUGCAUUGGAAAAUUAUAUUAAUAAUUAAUUCAAUUGUUUUCUAUAGUUUCUAAAUAAAUUAUAUUAUCGAACUUAA